UGUUUAAUUUUUUUUAAUAUCAUGGCGCCACCAGAUUAUAGCUCUCAGCUCCCUCGGCUACCAUGUCGUGGCUACUGAUCUCCGUGGCUAUGGUGACACCGAUUCUCCAUCUUCAAUAAGCAGCUACACAGGGUUUCAUAUGGUUGGUGACCUUGUUGCACUUAUAGAUUUUCUUGGUGUUGAUCAAGUGUUUCUUGUGGCUCAUGAUUGGGGUGCCAUCAUUGGUUGGUACCUUUGCACGUUUCGCCCUGAAAGAAUCAAAGCCUAUGUUUGUCUCAGUGUUCCCUUGCACCGAAGAAACCCUAAACUGAAGACAGUUGAUGGCAUGCAUGCUGCUUAUGGAGAUGAUUAUUAUGUAGAUUUCAGGGAGUAAUAUUGAAUAUAUUAGGGUACCGGUCGAGUUGUCUUAUGUUGGGUCUCCAUCAACUUUAGCAUUGCAUGACAUCAUAAUGGACAUGAAUGAAGAAGUUAAUCUAUUUUCCGUUCUUUUAGCUAUGUAUCAUUCCUCUCUAAAUUUUGAAGUAUGACCCUACUCAAAAUGAAUGGUAUCGUAAAGCUCCAAUAUAAUAUUUUGAAUCAGAAUGCUUUGUUUGUGUAAAAAGAAGUGGAAAGUUGAUGCAAAGAUAGAUCUGAAUAACAUAAUUCCUUUCGGUACAUACCAUAUUUAUGAAUUCAUCAAAAAGUUCUGAGCUGAUCUGCUAAUGAAAUAAUCUUGCUGCUAAGUCUAAUUCCUGGUUCUUAGUAGUUGCGUGUGUUCUAUUUAGAACAAUUGUUCACUUGUAAUAUAUCCAUUUAACUCUCCACAAGGGUCACUAAUAAUAUCUUACCUAAUAAUGCACAACAUACAUAAUCCCAUUGUUGUAGCAAGUCUUUUGAAUUAAAAGGGG